AUGCUCUUUUGUCCCAAUCCCAUUGUGUAUUUCAAUCCCGAGAAUUUGGUUGUUAGCAAUGUCAACUUUAGAAGCAUGACCUUCACAGAGUUCAUCUCUUAUGUAAAGAAGUUGGUAAAGGAUGGUAGAAUCACUGUCUACUAUUUUGUUCUACAACGUUUACUAAGAGAUGGGUUGAGAGAAAUUGAAGAUGAAAAUGAUUAUGUAUGUUUUCUUGAUGCUGGAUAUGAGAAUGGUGGAAGAAUGAAUUUCUACAUUGAUCAUAGUCAGGAACUAAUUAUGGAGUGGAUUGUAGAAGAAAUAGCCGACGAUGGAUGCUCAGAUGGUCAUACUAAUGAUGAUGAUGAUGAUAUAUAA